CUUCGUUUUGUUAUUGCUUUCUUGCUACAUACAACGCCCGUUAGCGAUUUUUGUUGAAAGGAGGAAUACACCAGCAGUAGCGCAGCCUUAGGAUACCUUCGAACCCAGUCAGAGCAUUUACAUGACUUGCAGGCAUAAUAUUUUGCUUUAAUAUCACCAUCUUCAAAACUAUCACCAGCAGCAGUACCUGUUUGUUGCCAUCGGGACAAUGAAGUCGCAACUCGUAAUCGCCCUCCUUGCCGCUGCAGCCAACGCACGCUCAUUGUCAACUCGUACCGCUGAGAGCAACCUCUUCUCGGGCGAUGGGACAUAUUUCAGCCCUGGUACCAGCGCGUGCAGAGAACAAAACACAUCAAGAGACCUUAUCGCGGCUCUUAACGCACCGCAGUACGGGGACAUCACCGCUGUGAGUCCUCACUGCGGAAGGUGUGCGUUGGUCAGAGGCCCUUUGGGCCAGGCCAAAGUGAAAAUCGUGGAUGCCUGUCCCGAAUGCGUACUCGGAUCACUGGAUCUCAGUCUUGCAGCUUUUGAACAAAUCGCACACAAGCUGGAGGGGCGGGUUAAAAUAAUUUGGGAAUUUGUUGCCUGUUAGACGAAUGCUUACGCCUAUGCAGCUAGACCCCCAGAAUAAAUGCACACUGGCUGAUGCGGC